AUGUCAAAACAGGAUAAACGACAAGUGUUACCAACUAAUGUAAGACCGACACAUUACACUUUGACUUUGACACCAGACAUGGUCAAUUUCACUUUUAUUGGAUCCGAAAUUGUCAAUAUUAAAAUCAUCGAAAAUACAAAAGUUAUAACUCUUCACGUUAACGAAAUUGAAGUAAAAUCUGCCAAGCUUAUCAAUUUGGAUUUAAAAGCCAGUCAAGGUUAUGAAGCGACGAAUAUCGAUUAUGACAUUCAAAAAGAAACAGUUUCUUUAACCUUUCCACACGAGUUUUCUUCUGGAACUGCUGCUUCCCUUCAUAUUGAAUACACUGGCAUUUUGAAUGAUAAAUUGGUCGGAUUCUAUAGAAGUUCAUUUGAAGAUAAAAGCGGAAAUACUAAAUAUCUGGUAACAACUCAAUUUUCACCAACCGAAGCUCGUCGAGCGUUCCCCUCAUGGGAUGAACCCGCAAUUAAAGCUACAUUUGAUAUCACUUUAAUUGUACCCUCUGAUAUGACUGCUUUAAGUAACAUGAAUGUAAUCAGCGAGACUCAACUUGGUGAUGAUAAAAAAGAAGUCAAGUUUAACAGAACGCCGAUAAUGAGUACCUACUUGGUUGCUUUCAUUGCCGGUGACUUUGGGUAUAUUGAAGACUAUACAACUGGGGGUCGUGAUGAUGGCGAGCCUAUAUUGGUCAGAGUGUAUGCACCUAAGGGCAAUGAACAGCAUGGUGAAUUUGCUCUAGGCGUAGCAACACAAGUCUUGGAAUAUUUUGUAAAAGUAUUUGAAAUUCCAUAUCCUUUGCCUAAAUGUGACUUGAUUGCAAUUCCGGACUUUGGAUUUGGUGCAAUGGAGAACUGGGGUUUGAUUACGUUUCGUACUGCCCGUGUCCUUUUCGAUCCUAGAUCGUCUAAUGUCAAAAUUAAGCAAGAUAUUGCGUAUAUUAUAUCACAUGAAAUUGCACAUCAGUGGUUUGGUAACCUCGUAACCAUGGAAUGGUGGGAACAUCUUUGGCUCAAAGAAGGUUUCGCCACGUGGGUUGGAUAUUUUGCAGUUGAUAGACUCUUUCCUGACUGGAAUGUUUGGACUCAAUUUGUCACUCAAGGAUUUCAGAGCGCUCUUCAACUUGAUUCUUUAAGAUCUUCUCAUCCUAUUGAAGUUCCUGUAAAUAAUUCCAGUGAAAUUUCUCAGGUUUUUGAUGAUAUUAGUUAUCAAAAGGGUGCUUCUGUAAUUCGCAUGCUAAGCACUUACCUUGGAGAGAAAGUUUUUUUAUCCGGCAUUAAAAGAUAUUUAAAGCUACAUGCAUUCGGAAACGCGAGUACAGAUGAUUUAUGGAAAGCGUUAUCCAUAGAGAGUGGCAACGAUGUUUGUCAGUUCAUGACAGGAUGGACAAGGAUGGUGGGAUAUCCAGUAUUAAUUGUUAAAGAACCAACACCCGAUACCUUGGAAAUCUCUCAGUUUCGGUUCCUUUUAUCUGGAGUAAUUAGACCUGAUGAAGAUACUGUCAAUUGGUGGGUACCUCUUGGCGUUGACCUUGGCCCUGAUACUCAAAGUGAAAUUAAGUCCUCUAUUCUCAAUCAAAAGAAAAUCACAUUGAAAUUGCCACCUAGAAAAUCAGAUUUUUAUCAACUCAACGCACGCAAGACUGGCGUUUUCCGUGUCAAUUACACCCCUGAACGGUUAUUCAAGUUAGGACAGGCAGUUAAGUUAGGAUUGCUUGAUGUUAGUGAUCGUAUUGGAGCAAUUGCUGAUGCUGGUGCUUUAGCAACUAGUGGUUAUGAGAAAACUAGUGACUUUUUGAGCUUCAUUAAAGAAUUUGAAGGAGAAGAUAAAUAUGUUGUAUGGAGUGAAAUCAGUAUUCGUCUCAAAAAUGUGCUUGAUGUUUGGUUUGAACAACCCACAACAAUUUAUCAAGGACUUCUAGCGUUCAACCGUCAAUUAGCAUCUAGAUUGGUUUCCAAAUUAGGUUGGGAAUAUCCUAAAAGUGAUGAUUAUUUGACCACAUUAUUAAGGACACUAGUUAUUAAUAUAGCCGGCAGAGCUAAUGAUCCAGAUACUGUUAAGGAAGCUUAUCGCAGAUUUAAUCUUUUCACAAAACAAAAUGAUGAAUCUGCUUUGCAUCCUAACAUUCGUGGUGUUGUAUUUCGAAUUGUUUUAUCCCACGGUGGCGGAGACGAAGAAUUUGAAGCUAUAUUGAAAAUUUAUCGUGAUUCCAAAACAGCAGAUCAAAAAUUAGAAGCGUUGUCUGGUCUUUGUUUUGCCCAGCGUGAUGACUUGAUUCAACGUGCUUUACAAUUUGCAAUUAGUGAAGAAGUCAAAAGUCAAGAUGUGUUUCACGCAUUUGCUAGUUUGCAAUCAAAUCGUAAAUCACGAAGACAAUUAUGGAACUUUGUUAAAGACAAUUGGGAUGUGAUUCAUAAACGGUUUAUCAACUUUCGUGCGCUUUUUGGAAAAAUUAUUAAGUCAAGUAUUGAAUUAUUCUCAUCUGAAGAUAUCAUUGUGGAUAUCGAGAACUUCUUCUCUAACAGGGAUUGUAAAGGAUUUGAAAGACCUUUGCAACAAAGCAUAGAAAAGAUUCGUGUUAAUGCGGCUUGGCUGAAGCGUGAUUCAAGAGAUGUUGAGGAUUGGUUAAAAACUAAUGGUUUCUUGGAAUGA